UUGUUGUUUGUGCUGACGACCCUGCACGCGUCUCCGACUAAAUAACGCACGGUCCGCCAAAAUACAGCAUGGAACACGUGCAUUGUAAACAUAAACCGACCGUGGCAGAUAGAUUUCGAAAACAUCGAGCGCUCCCCAUAGACGAACAUCUUAUUUCAUUAAAAAGAUAUCGUGUUUCGCAUAAAGCGGGAAUGUUUUAAAGGAUAUACCGAUCACGUAAUAGAAAAACGAUGACGUUCAAAGACGCCAUGGAACAUGUGCUAGGUGCAGGAGGACAGAAAAGAAAGAAGAGCUUAGACGAUAAAGGAGUUGUUGAUUCUGGGAGCAAAAUUUCGCCACGACAACAUAACAAACGGAGGAGAAGCGCUGGCUUUUUUGAUCUAGGUUCUUUUGUUGACAAGGUUAAAGCGCGCGACAUCACCAUUGCAGAAGACUUGGCGUGGUUCUCUGAGCGGGCGCAAACCUUUCAGGAAACAAAAGUUUCCAUCGAUGUUGUACGUGAAUAUCUUCAGAUGUGUGAUUGCGACCUGGAACACUUAGUGUCAUACCUUGACAUAUAUAGUGAAGAUCGGGAGUCCCUGCUCCAAGUCAUUCUCGCUCUAGAUUAUAUCUUCAUGAGGUUUCAGGAACAGGAAGACGAAACCCCAACAGUAGCCAGUCUUCGCUCAAAAGUCAUCAUACAGGCACAGAGAGUUUUAUCGCAGCAGGGGUCACAACUGGCAAGUCUGCUGACUCACGAUGGCGAUCCAGUCGUCAUGAAGCCUGUCCUCAAGCUCUUCACCUCAAUGGUACUUGCCGGACCUGAGGUGGCGGAUGUAUUCGUGCAGUCGAUCGAUCUUUCGUUCCUCAAUGGGUGCUUCACUCGCGUGCGAAUAAGGGAAACGAUUUCGAUUCGCACUUGUGCUCAGUAUCUUCUGAUCGCUCUGCUUGUCAUCUCGAAGCGAACAACACUGUGGCGUCUCCUAGAACAACAGUCUAUUUUUCCUUGGGCGUUCGCCGGUCUCGUUCAUGAUCGACCUACUGAUGUGAUCGGAUUUCUCGAAACAAUUCUAGAGCGAGUUGUCAACAACAGCUCACUCAGCAAAAGUCUCAAAAUUAAUAUUCUCAAUAAGACCACACUCACACCCGUCCUAUCCUUGUUGAUUUGGAAGGGGCAACUCGAAUGGAGAGGCAAAGAAUGGAGUCGAAUAUUUCUGUAUACAAAGAAAGCCAAGGACGCAAAUACGGCUGAGUUAAUUCGGGGCAACGAGCUGAUUGUAGCCACUCCGGCUGAACAAAAGAACGUCAGAGCAUGCGCCGCCAAAGUGCUGUCUGCGAUCUUUUUCAAUAGCAAACAGGGCAUCUCGUUUCGAGACCCCCGUCUAGGUCUCGGUGAACGCAAUUGUAAUUUCAUUGUGACUCAAGUCGUCAGCAGUUGUCCUCAAGUGUUCUCCGAACCUCAAGGAGCGGAUUUCAUGGCGGACUUGCUGACCGCACUACCCGACCAGAUUAAAUAUAUUGUGGUUGACCGUUAUUUCAACUUCAGGGCACCCAGACUUUCUCGGACAUACUGCAACUUCUACCGAGCGCUUUCUAAGAUAGUUACUCAGCUAGACUUCAGCCAGCUCGUUGCUAAACUGGAGCCCACAUCUGCCGACCAGUAUAUCGAUCUGGUGAACCAUUUCUGCUUGUUUUUAUUUGUUCCGAAUAAUUUUGCGGACUACAAGCUGACGCCAAUCUAUGCCGUGCUAACGUUCAUUAAUGCGAUGCUCAAAAAGCUGAUUGAGUUUAUGGCUUCUAUAAGCCGAGAGAAGAGGCGUGUGUUAAUACCGUUCAUUAAGGAUCACAUCAUGCAGCCAUGUAUGUUUGCAAGUCUUCUGAAAUGCGAGUUCGAUGCAAAGCAGAUUGCAGAUCUUACCGAGUACACGGGAGCUGAUGUUGCUGACUUCACACUGUCGUUGCUCGAGACCACGGAUUUGCUUACAUCGCCAAUCCUUGGCUACAUUUCGGCUAACAUCGGUUGGGGUUUAUUGGCCGAUGUCGAUGCCUUUAUUAAAGGCAAGGUGUCACCUGUUAAGAAGUUGAAAAUCUAUUUACGUCUCAUCGGCAUGGUGUUAAGUUUCCAGCCAAAUUUUGAAAAUGAACUUGUCAAAACGGAUAUGGAGCCAAUGCGUCUUCUAUUUGGACUUUUGGCUGAAGCCUCAACUACCAGCUCGUUUCAAGUCGAGCUUUUAUCACACGCAAUUAAUGUGCUCGAAAAAUUCCCAAGAUUUGCCAAGUAUGGCGCUGAACUGGAAUUAUGGGUAUCCACUGUACUUUCCUCAGAUCAGCCGGAUCUAAAUCACGCGUAUUCAAUGGCUUUAUGUGAUGCUCUACGAGACAGUAUCAUUAAGGGAGGCGUACUUGAGAACGAAAUUCAUGAGAUGGUUUUUGAUGGGCAGCAAGGAAUUCUAGACCCUUCGCGAUGCUUCAGCCCAAUCUCCGCAAACAUUGUCUCGCUAGAUCAUGAUAAAUACCCUGUGUUUACGGCGGUUAUGCGGGAGAUCUUGCAUAGACAAGCAAAUUAUGCUGCAUACAUUACAUUUCUACAAAAGCAUGGAAAGAAUCGGCUUGAUACCCACUUUACGCACUAUAUGAAUUUCCUUUUGAAAGGCGAGAAGCCGUUUGUGAAUACGGGUUCGCUGAACGUGAACAAGUUCUCGUCAGAAUUGGCCAUGCAACUAGAGAGCGCUUUUGUGGCUUCAAUGACAGGAGGACACCCUAAGUCGCUGGAACGAAUGCUGGUGAAGAUCAAGUUUUCGGAUAAGGAUGCUGUCAAUGUGUCCUUGCUGAACCAACUCAUCUUCAUUGUUCGUUGGUGCCAAGAUCAUGAUCAGACUUUGUUCAUAAACCCGGUUGCAACUUGUUUACGGUACCUGACUGAAGCUUGUGACCCGCUCACUCUAAGCCGGCUGGCUGAUUUUAUAUCGUCGGACGUAAUUCAAAAGCGAUUCUGCGUGCGGAGCGAUUUAGAAGUGACACUAAUGGUCCUUGUCGUAAUUAAGCGUGUCUUGCAAGCUAAAGUAGAUGUUGGCUUUGACUUGAUAUCCUUCAAAGACCGCUCGCUAGCUGCAGUACUUAACGGUAUCCUCGAUGUGGUGCCGUUUAUUGAAGCUUUUGGUGACAUGUCUACCGGUGAAGACGUGGCGUCAUUAAUCGAAUUCAUCUGCAACACUGGGAAGGCUGCGAAGCAAUCGCUAUAUUCCGUGAUCUCCCUGUUACCUCAUAAAGGAUGUAAGUUAUCGACGGAGAGCACGAAGCAACUAGUCGAAUUAGCCCAUCAGGACGCUGAGAUGCGCUCCCCAAUAGAGGCUUUUUUCAAGCGAAACCUUAUGCAUGCGUCAGCCAUCGAGAUGACCUCGCUCUAUCGACUCAUCGAGGUUGAGGAGCCCAUUUCGCUGACAAUAUUGAUGGCGAACCCAUGUUUCGUUCGUGCAAUAGGAAAAAAACUCAGGAGUGUUGGUGAUCUUAAAGGAUCAGAUUGUGUGUACUCGCUGGAGCUUCUGCGAAUCAUUGCCCAUGAAGACCACGAAAACCCGUCAAAAGAGACUUCAGGCUUUAUCUAUCGUUCGUUAUUAGCCAGUCUUAAGAAAUAUCUUCAAAAAGGCGAACUGCAGAACGAAGCAACCGUUGUUGCUCUUGUUCAAGCUCUCCUUGAUCAUCUGCAACACGCUGUCUUCAUCUUCUCCAAGGAUUACGUAAAGUUGCUGAAGACAGUUUUGCCAUUCGUCGAUAAAGUAAGCGUUCUGUUGUUGGUUGUGAUUAAUGCUGUUCUUGAGUUUGGAGAUUUCUCGGAGGAUGCCCUUAUUGCAGCCUUAAAAUGUCUAACGAAGCUGACUACACGCCUCGAUACACCUACUGAAACUUACAUGUCCCGCUCAUGUGUUGUCCUCGAAAAGCAGUCGGAGUCAGCCUGGAAAAGCGUUUGGCUGAGAGAGAACUUUGAACAAGUUCUUAAAAGCCUUUUAAAGCGGGGUUUUACUUCUGCUGGCACACCUCUGCGAGUGUUGCGCAUCCUCUGCUCGAAAGUGUUCGUAUUCGCUUCUCCGGCGGUAACUGCGCUUCAAGCAACUGAGAUGGUCUUCGGCCAUUCGAAGUUCUUGCCCACGUUAACUGGCAAGGACUCGUUACUCAAACAAGAAUUAGUGCAGCUACUUAUAACUCUGGUAGAAGUAGAUGGGCCAAAUGUAUGUAAAACGCCACAUAUUCCAAUAUUGUUGUCAGGAUAUGAUGCUAGUUUGUCCCUUAGUGAUCAACGCCUAUACCAUUUACUAAGCUUGUACGAAAAGAAUAGAGCCAAUCUUGCCCGAUUCCAACCUCUCAUCUGGGGUGAAGCUGCGCCCUCGUUCUAUUCGGUCGACAAAGGUACAUCGGGUGUGUCGGUACUCAAGAACGCUACAAUUAAUCAGGUUUUGGCACAGAUCUCACAACAGCGUCUAUUAGCAAGUGUCGGAUGUAUACCGCAGGCUUCGUUAGCUCUCGAUCCGGCCGUUAUCGUUCAGGUGGACCAAGGAGCGGAAAUUUAUGAUCCGCGUUUUGUACAAACGAGUAUCUUGCAUAUACUGGACGAGUUGAGUGAAGUUCAAACGAUUCGUCUUAUCGAAGAAAAGAUCCAGCUACUGUCUAUUGCUACACUCUCGGCGAAGUGUGAUCAACUUCGCGCGUUAGGAUAUACGUUUCUGAGUCGUAUCUACAAGAAGAUGGAGCGAGUUAGCUCACACCCUGUUGUCCUGUAUAUGAUGGCUAUACUGGAUCUGCUGCGUAAUUCGCUGGGUACUGAAGGUGUACGCCGACUUAAUUCGUUAACUGUUGGCUACCUAAUCCGGUGCUGUGAAGUAGUCAUUAGUGAUCCCAACCACCCGUUGUAUAACCAGUUAAUACGUAACUCUCUGGCUCGUCCCGCCUUUAAUAUUCAUCGAUUGCCUUCACUUUUUGGCCAUUAUAUCAGUUCGUCCAUGGCUUCCCGCGAGCGUCGCAUCUGGAUCGAAGCUGUUCUUACUGAUUUCGUUCAAGACUCUCGCGAUAUGGAGCUGCUGUACUCGCAGGGUCUCUUCGACAACAUUAUCAUGUUCUCGCAGUCUCGUCUUUGUAGCGAGGACGAACUGGUGAUAAUUCUACGCAUGUUCAAAAAAUGGAUCGCAAACGGUCGUUUCAGAAGGUAUAAUCUAAUUGCGUUCUGGUUAACUCAAUUACUCCAGUGCGCCGAUUCAAGAUCGCCCGUAGUCAGUGCGGUACUAGAUGUAAUAUCUACGCUUACACAACGUCUGGCUACGCAUUCGAUUCGAGAGAAAGAAAUGCUCCUUCCGAACGAGUUAAUCCAUUUGCACAUCCAGCUACUUCAGUGCAUUUCGGAUGUUUCUUCAUGGCGACUUCGAACGUUUGCUACAUCACUAUCUCAAGCUUUAGCUUUGCCAGGACUCGGUACCGCAACGUGUAUAGCUGAACACACAGCGUUUACUUUAUUAGAAAUGCUCAAAGAAGUCCGAAGUAAGGCUGAAUCUGAAAACAUCGACGAUGAAGAAACAGCAAAUGUCAACUGCAGCGAAGAACAGGUCAUUGCAGUUUUGCGAAAGUGGACCCCUUUAAACAAUGUGUGGACAAAUUUACAUAUGCAGAAACUGUCCCUGGAUGAGUUUUGGCUCGAUGUCGUGGAGCUUAUAUUUAGCCGCGAUCAUUCAUUACCUAAUGGUGAUGCUAUUAAGGAAAGUAUAUUAUCACUAGAAAUGUUACACCGGUCAUUGAGUCGUCUGCCACGGCUUAGUCGCCAGUUAGAGAGAUCCAACGUCCUUCAUUCUGUAUGUAUGGCAAUGAUACGUUGCACGGACGAUGCGCCUCUACUGGUUAUUCAGCUGUUUGCGUUGCUGAAAAAAUCAGCCAACGUACUUCCAUUACUAAGCAGCACCGAGUAUAAGGAAGCCGCAAAGAAAAUCAGAUCUUUAAGUGAUGAGAUGCAGGCACGUGGAUGCGUUGCUUUAAUCCAGGAAGCAUGGCUGGACAUCGAGAAGCCUCGGACAUUUUUGCUACUUUUCUGAUUGGAUGGAUUAUAGUAAAUAUCAAUUUAUGUUAAUAGUCAGCAGCUAAGUUUCAAGUUAAUGUAAUAAACUAUUCUGCAAAUUAGCCAUAUGAAUUGA